GCCCAGUUGCUAGCUGUCUGAAGCGGCAGCGAGCGGAGUUGGGCAAGAAGCUUCCGUCUCUCUCUGGGCUGCGGAAACUACUACAAGAAAGCCAGAGAUCUCUCUUGGUUGGAGACUCUUGAACGGCGGCUGUGAUUUGGGGAAAGGUUGAACGCUUUAUUCAGAGUCUCAGCUCAACUGACUAUACAUAUUUAGAACAUUUUCAUCUGAUAAAGGUUAAAGGCCUUCGGAGAUGGGCGACAAGGCGGGGACCAGAGUCUUCAAGAAGUCCAGCCCCAACUGCAAGCUCACAGUAUACUUGGGGAAGAGGGACUUUGUGGAUCAUCUAGAUCACGUGGACCCUGUAGAUGGGGUGCUCUUGAUCGACCCAGAAUACCUUAAAGACAGAAAAGUGUUCGUGACCCUGACGUGUGCCUUCCGUUAUGGUCGCGAAGAUCUGGAUGUUUUGGGCCUGUCCUUCCGUAAGGAUCUCUUCAUCUCCAGUUUCCAGGCAUAUCCUUCCUUGCCUGAGGAACGUAAACCACUCAGUCGGCUGCAGGAGAGACUGCUGAAGAAGCUCGGACAGAACGCUUACCCUUUCAACUUCACGAUUCCUCAAAACCUUCCCUGCUCGGUUACUCUACAGCCAGGCCCAGAAGACACAGGAAAGGCUUGUGGUGUAGACUUUGAAGUCAGGGCAUUCUGUGCAAAAACUGUGGAUGAGAAGACUCACAAACGGAAUUCUGUGCGGUUGGUAAUUCGGAAGGUACAGUAUGCUCCAGAGAAACCUGGUCCGCAGCCAAUGGUGGAGACCACACGGAGCUUCCUUAUGUCUGAUCGCUCCCUUCACCUUGAGGCCUCGCUAGAUAAAGAACUUUACUACCAUGGUGAACCUAUCAGUGUGAAUGUCCAUGUCACCAACAAUUCCACCAAAACAGUCAAACGAGUGAAAAUUUCUGUGCGACAGUAUGCUGAUAUCUGUUUGUUCAGCACCGCCCAAUACAAAUGUCCUGUGGCUCUGGUAGAGAACGAUGACCAGGUAUCACCCAGCUCAACAUUUUGCAAGGUGUAUACACUCACUCCCACGCUGACCAACAACAGAGAGAAGAGAGGUCUGGCUCUGGAUGGUCAGCUAAAGCAUGAAGAUACCAACUUGGCCUCCAGUACCAUAGUGAAGGAUGUUUCUAAUAAGGAGGUUCUGGGAAUUUUGGUGUCCUACAGAGUUAAAGUCAAGCUAGUGGUGUCUCGUGGAGGUGACGUGUCUGUGGAGUUGCCUUUUGUCCUGAUGCACCCUAAGCCCUCCGAACAGCCAAAUUCGAGACCGCAGUCAGCUGUGCCAGAGACAGAUGUCCCUGUGGAUGCCAACCUCAUAGAGUUUGAAACAAAUAACAUUUCCCAGGAUGAUGACUUUGUGUUUGAGGACUUUGCGAGGCUCAGGCUGAAGGGAAUGAAAGAUGAAGAGGACGACCACUUCUGCUAACCCCCCUCCUCUAAUAUACAAACACACACACACACACACACACACACACACACACACACACAUAAUCAUGACACCAUAAAGAGGAAGUGAAACAGGAAGCAAAGGAAGUGGAAUGGGGUUUAAGGUGUCAAUCUGCCAGUACUCUCAUACCAUUGCUCCACUGGGCCCAUCUGAUGGAGUGGAGCACAAAGUGAUAUUUCAAAGCCUUUUGUCUGUUUUUCCUUCAUCCUUCCUUUCUUUUUUCUUUUUUACUUUUCUUUUGCCUUCCUGCUACACCACUUUGCCAUGUGUGACAUGGUUCUUACAUUGACCCUUUUUCUCUGGUCACAUGAGCCACUUCACUCUUGUGCUUGUAUGUUGGAGAGAAAUAUAUUGAGCAAAGCAACUGAAUUUACACCUGGUAUUCAGAUACGUUUGGUCGAUAGGAUCACAAGUGGAGGAGAGAGACGCAUGUUCGUUCACACCUGGGGUUUUAAUCAGUCUCUCUUGUCCACUUUCCACCACUUCUGUCCUGAUUACUUUGAGGGGGUGGUCUGUGGGAUUUCUUUUGAACACGAGUGGGAUAAAAGAUGGGUUUAAAUUGACUCGCGCUAUAAUAUGUCAGAAUGCCAUUGCUUGUGUUGUUAAUAAACACGAUGCACAAUGUUUUAUACAGGUUAAUGCAAGGGCGCUCUCAGAUAUUUCAGAGCAAUUGGUGAAAUAAGCUUUCUCAACUUGCACACAAUGCAAAUGGAAAUGUAAGGUAGCGUGCACACCAAAGCGUUUACCCCAGCGGCCAUCAUAUGUUUCUAAUGGAAGCACCACGCUUUUAACAAAACGGCAGCAGCUAGCGUGUUUUUUCUGUGCCGAGAACUGAAAAAUAUUCAACUUUGGGUCAAAUAUUCAACUCGUCAAUGUCGUCCAAUCACAGUGGAGGAGGGGUGGGACAAAUAUCACAACAACGAACGAGCGCAUUGUUUUAAUGAUGAAAUAUAGAAAUACACAGAAAUAUAGCAACCAAAGCGAAGAAAAGACGGCAAGCGUCUACAGUUGGUGUCCGCCUGGCCUUGGUAUGUAUGCCCCGUAAAUGAGAGGUGAAGAGCAACCACUUUAGUUUUAUCAAUGAAAGCCUAAAGACCGCACAGAACACGAAGUCGGGACAGAUGUAAAAACAUUGUGCCCGUCAGUGUUGGGGGUAACGCAUUACUUAAUAAUAUUACUUUUCUGAAGUAACGAGUAAAGUAACGCAUUACUUUUUAAAUGUACACUUUAAUAUUUUAGUUACUUUUUCAAAAAAGUAAUGCAAGUUACUUUUUUAGUUUAAUUAAUUCGAUUUGAAAAAAAUUAUGUACCGAAUUAAACUAAAUGUAGUCACAUUGUGCACUCUAUGUGUACACGCCUGUGUGGGAACAGUUUGAGUCAGAAACUGAGAUGGGAGGCCAGAGCUCAACAUUUUUGUGAUGAAAUAUGCGAUUUAACUUUUCAGUCAUAAAAACACCUGCAAGGCCUAAAAGAGAUCAAGCCUCAGCCAAGAGAAAGUAUCGCAAAAGUAAUUAAAAAGUAAUGUAAGUAUUACUUUCCAUGAAAAGUAACUAAGUAACGCAAUAAGUUACUUUUUUGGGAGUAACUUUUAACAUUGUGAUGCAUUACUUUUAAAAGUAACUUUCCCCAACACUGGUGCUUGGUACAUCACAUUAGAUCAAUAGGCAGAGAGUGGGUGGCAUUUUGUGGCUGUUCAAACACAUUUGACAAUGAGCGUGACCGCACAAAAGCAAUACCUCUGAAAAAACCUAUUACACUGCGUUUAGUGUCGUCCACUUGUGAUCCGAUCAACCAAAAUGCAUCUUCAUACCAGGUGUAAAAAGUUCUUCAAUGGGUUAUCUAGACAUCAAUGUAUGAGAUUGUGGAUAGGCGGAGGAUCCAUCCAUUCAGGGUUGAAUUUAUUUUGUUUAUUAUUUCUUGUUAUAUUCCCACUUAUAUAUAUCAAGUGGGCACUACUAGCUAUGUAAUGAAGAUAUAUAUAUAUAUGUUCCAUGUUAUUUCAUUGUACAGUACAUACACUGUUCACAAACACCAUAGGGAACUUGAGUUUGGUGUUGAUUUUAUUCCUGUAAUCCAAUCCAUCCAUACUUGCUCAGCGGCUUUUAUGUUAUAGUUAUGUCAAAUGUAAACAUAUCAUACAAAUUUGUAGUAACACUUUUCUGUGCGCUUGUAGUGCACAUAAUACUCAAAUAAUUAAGGAUGUGGCAUUUGUAGUGGAAAAGUAGUCGGCAGAGUGCAUUGGGACACAAACGUCUGUUUUCUUAUUGUACAUUUUAGCAUCUACGAUAUACCACAUGUUGAGUUAUAGAAUAUGUAUACACUGCUACAAGUCUUCAGUUGAACAUUAGUUUGUAGAUAAGGCCAGCAACAGGAUGCCAGAUGUCUGUUAUUUCUGUAUAUGUGCCACACAAAAUGUAAUUCUUUAUUAUUUGUGCCUGCCAAACUAUUUGCCAAAAUGUGAUGAUUUAAGAUGCUGCUUGUAAGUUAAGCUAAGUUCAAUUCUUGCUCAUUCCAUGUUUUAGUUCACUGUUACAACUGUUGAUGUAACCAUUGGACUGCCAGAAAUAUUUCAAUAUUAAUGGUUAUGUUAAAGUCUCAUUUAUAGCGUGAUUUCCAGACGUUUUACUGUUUAGUCUUCUGCAAGGAACAAGCCUUCAACAUUCUGCAUAGUUUACUACUGAACAGUGGCAAAAAUUAUGUUAUGGUUAAACUUGUUACAUUGUGUACAAAGAAUGCAAUAUUUUGCAGUAAACAAAGUGGAGCUCCCAUUGAAGGACAAAAAGCUAUAUCUUAAAUAAAGGUUUGCUUUCUUUAAAGCACCCAAAAAGUCAAGUCAGUGGGCAUACUUGCAUUGGGUUUUAACUUUUACGUGUCCUCUAGUAGGGGGUUUAAAGGUCUUGUCCUCUUGUAGGUCUACACAACCACAAAUCUCGACAGAGACCUAGAAACAUUGCAGGAGAUCUUUUAGAUGAUAAAGAGAAAUGCAACUAACCAUUGCUUAACCCAGUAACAUUAGUAGUCUAUAACGUGUGAAUAGAUGAGUUUCCCAGCUAUUAUGUUUUUUUAUUGUCAAAAACACGACAAAGACAUCUUUUAUUGUGAAUUCAGAGUUUAUUUUUAUGAGAGCUGGAGAAUGUUGUAUAUAAUGUAAUUGUCUAUGAAUAUUGUACACCAUUAAUGUCAGGAGACUGUCUAUGUCCAGUAAAGUCAAAAGGAGGAUGUUAAGUUUGAUAGUUUUGCUUUCCGGCUAGUUUCCACUGCAGUCCUAUAGUUGAGAUUGAUAUUUUUUCAGCACUGUCUAUACAGUACAGGAAGUGAUUGGCGUAAUGUGAUGUGAAAUUUUCCAAAUUUAAAGCAAAUGCUGAAUAGAACACUUUCUAUUGUCCAAUUUUGAUAGUUGCUGAUUUUUAUAGAUGAAACCUUUUAACGGCAUGUAUAGAUAUGUAAUCCUGAAAACUGAAAUUCAGUCAUUCUGUAAGAUUUUGCAAGCAGAAUUAUGAACAUUGUUUAUAAAGCAAGUACAUUGUGUAAAAAUAUCACUGUACUCUGUGAUUAAGAACUUGAUAAAACUGGCAUAUUAUGUAAAGACAACUUUGUGAGUUUGGAUAAACAUUAACAGAUCUGAAAUCACUGUGGCACGAGCCAUUAGUUAUUUUCCUCAAUAAAUAAAGCAUCAGCAAUAGCUUGAAACCAGCACCAGUCAUGCAUUUUGUGGUAACGAUUAUUGUGAUACAAUCAUUACAGUAGGAUUGUUAUAUCACAUAUUGGUUUCAUAUAUGUACACUUUGAUCUGUCAAGAAUAUAAUGGCUUAUUUUUGACAUGGCCAUGAAUGGUUUAAAGCUUAUUUUCUGUCCUGUAGUGGGUGCUUUGCUAGAAAGCUGCGCAUGCAUUCUAGAUCCCGGCUUUAAAAAUGUUGUACUUUUGUAGCGCAAUCUCACUGCAUCUUAAUAUAAAAUUUGCUUUGUGAUCUGAAUGGAGCCUGAUAUGUCCUUUAAGCAGACAAAUGUAAAGGUUAUUCAUUUGGGUCUGAGGAAACCCCACAGUCUUGUUGGUUUGUAGAAUGUCUAGACCAAUGUCACUUUUUAAAGGAUGAUUUUAAAGCUACUUCUCACUAAUAAAAUUAAGUAAAUAAAUGCAAGCUACCAGUUGAAAGAA